GGUCUGAUUGGUCAGCCGCUGGAGGGGUUCGGGGGCUAGUGCCGGCCUGGGGUUAAGACACGGAGUUUGCGGGCCGGCUUUAGGCCGGCGGUAGAUGUGGACGGUUGUCGCGGCCUUACGGCGUGUCGGCGGCUGGGUAUUGAAAGAGUCCGGAGCCCAGAGCGGCCGUCUUUGUCCCGGCGGGGCUGACCAUCGAGGCAGGCCGCGGCGGCUCUUCCGCACUGGGCCUUUUGUCUGCCGCUUCCCCGCCGCUCCCGUCCCAGCCAUGCCCGGCAGAGCGAAGGCCUCGCCGGCCUGCGCCCCUGACCAGCCGGAGGACUUGGAAGGCAGCCGCGGGGCGAAAGCCGGCGCCGUCCAAGAAGAGGUGGAAGGGGAAGCAGGAGGGGCCGCCGCCGUGGCUGCGGUGGCCGGCGAGCCCACGCCCAACGUGGGGGACCCAGCGAUUGUCAAGUCCCCCAGUGACCCCAAGCAGUACAGGUACAUUGAGCUGCAAAAUGGCAUUCGUGCAUUGCUGAUUUCAGACCUGAAUAACCCAGAUGGUAGCCCUUGCACAGCAUCUUCAGAAGGAGAGGAUGAAGAUGACUCUGAAGAAGGCACUGAUGAAGAUGAUGAUUCUGGAGCAGAAAUUGAAGAUGACCAAGAAGGCUAUGAGGAUGAAUGUGGUGGCUAUGAUGAAGACCUUGAUGACCCUGACAGUGACUUGGAAGAGCUAACAGAUAAAGAGCAGACAAGGAAGAGGAACUGCACAGAAAAGCAGUCUGCAGCUGCUCUUUGUGUUGGUGUUGGCAGUUUCUCUGAUCCUGAAGAUUUGCCUGGGCUGGCACAUUUUCUGGAACAUAUGGUUUUUAUGGGCAGUGCAAAAUAUCCAGAUGAGAAUGGUUUUGAUGCCUUUCUGAAGAAGCAUGGGGGCAGUGACAAUGCUUCCACAGACUGUGAACGGACAGUUUUCCAGUUUGAUGUGCAGAGAAAGUAUUUCAAGGACGCUCUUGACAGGUGGGCACAAUUUUUUAUUCAUCCAUUAAUGAUCCAGGAUGCAAUUGACCGGGAAGUUGAGGCUGUGGACAGUGAAUAUCAGCUUGCAAGACCUUCUGAUGCAAAUCGAAGAGAGAUGUUAUUUGGAAGUCUUGCCAGGUCUGGCCAUCCUAUGAAGAAGUUUUUUUGGGGUAAUGCAGACACAUUGAAACAUGAACCAAAACAAAAUGCCAUUGAUACCUACACCAGACUGAGAGAAUUCUGGAAACGUUAUUACUCUGCACACUACAUGACAUUGGCUGUACAAUCUAAAGAGACUCUGGAUACGCUAGAAAAAUGGGUAUCUGAAAUCUUCUCAGAGAUCCCAAAUAACAAUUUACCCAGCCCAAUGUUUGGCCACUUGACUGAACCUUUUGACACACCUGAUUUCCACAAACUUUAUAGAGUCAUUCCAAUCAGAAAAACGCACUCUUUAAAUAUCACCUGGGCUCUUCCACCACAAGAACAGCAUUACAGGGUGAAGCCACUUCAUUAUAUUUCUUGGCUUGUUGGGCAUGAAGGCAAAGGAAGUGUUCUUUCAUUUCUUAGGAAAAAAUUCUGGGCACUUGCAUUGUAUGGAGGAAAUGGUGAAACAGGAUUUGAGCAAAAUUCCACAUACUCUGUCUUCAGUAUUUGUGUGACCCUGACAGAUGAAGGCUACAAGCAUUUUUACGAGGUUGCUCAUGUUGUAUUCCAGUAUUUAAAAAUGUUGCAGCAAAGAGGACCAGUUAAAAGGAUAUGGGAAGAGAUCCAGAAGAUUGAAGCAAAUGAAUUCCAGUAUCAGGAGCAGACUGAUCCAGCUGAAUAUGUAGAAAGUCUUUGUGAAAAUAUGCAGCUGUUCCCAAAGGAGGACAUUCUGACGGGAGACCAGCUUCUCUUUGAAUAUAAGCCAGAGAUCAUUGCUGAAGCACUUCAUCAGCUGAUUCCGCAACGAGCCAACCUUAUUCUGUUAUCUGCUGCUCAUGAAGGCCAGUGCCAUCAAAAGGAGAAGUGGUUUGGCACACAAUAUAGUUCUGAAGAUAUUGACCAAUACUGGAGUGAUAUGUGGGCCAGUGACUUCCUGCUAAAUCCAGAUUUACACCUGCCUGAAGAAAACAAAUAUAUUGCAACUGAUUUUGUUCUGAAGGCCCCUGACUGCCCACAGACAGAAUAUCCAGUCAGUAUAAUAAGCACUCAGCAAGGUUGUCUGUGGUACAAGAAGGACGAUAAGUUUAAAAUCCCUAAAGCGUAUAUCCGUUUCCAUCUAAUUUCACCACUGAUCCAGCAGUCUGCUGAGAAUGUGGUGCUCUUUGAUACAUUUGUGAACAUCCUUGCACACAAUCUUGCUGAACCUGCAUAUGAAGCAGAUGUUGCUCAGCUGGAAUACAAACUGGUAGCAGGAGAGCAUGGAUUGAUCAUUCGUGUGAAAGGAUUCAACCAUAAGUUGCCUCUGCUGUUCCAACUCAUCAUUGACCACUUAGCUGACUUCAGUUUUACUCCAGAGGUUUUUGAGAUGAUAACUGAACAGUUGAAGAAGACUUACUUUAAUAUCCUCAUCAAGCCAGAGACGCUGGCCAAAGAUAUACGUCUCUUAAUACUGGAGCACGGCAGGUGGUCUAUGACAGAAAAAUAUGAGACACUUAUGAAGGGACUCUCCAUAGAUUCUCUGUUGUUAUUUGUGAAGGCUUUCAAAUCUCAGCUGUUCGCAGAGGGCCUUGUUCAAGGAAACUUCACAAGCAGUGAAUCAAAAGAAUUUCUGGAGUAUGUUGUUCAAAAAUUGCAGUUUCUUCCUCUAGUACAUCCAUGUCCAGUUCAGUUCCGGGUGAUGGACUUGCCAAAUGUCCAUCUGCUGUGCAAAGUGAAAACACUUAACAAAGGGGAUGCAAAUUCUGAAGUGACAGUCUACUAUCAGUCUGGAGCUAGGAGUUUAAGAGAAUAUUCUCUCAUGGAAUUGCUUGUGAUGUACAUGGAAGAGCCUUGUUUUGACUUCCUGCGAACCAAGCAAACACUAGGGUAUCAUGUGUACCCAACUUGCAGAAAUACAUCUGGGAUCCUUGGCUUCUCCGUUACUGUAGCAACACAGGCUACCAAAUACAACUCUGAUCUAGUAGAUAGGAAGAUAGAAGAAUUUCUUUCAUGUUUUGAGGAAAAAGUCAAGAAUAUGACUGCAGAGGCCUUCAACACACAGGUNNNNGCUCUCAUUAAAUUGAAAGAAUGUGAAGAUUCUCAUCUUGGUGAAGAGGUGGAUAGAAACUGGACAGAAGUGGUGACUCAGCAGUACUUAUUUGACAGAUUAGUUCGGGAGAUUGAAGCUCUGAAAUCCCUUUCUCAAGCCGAACUAGUGGCCUGGUUUCAAGCACACAGAGCUAAAGACAGGAAAGUGCUUAGUGUACAUGUGGUUGGAUUUGGAGCACAUGAAGGUGAUACAGACGCUGCAGCUCUCUCAAAUAUUCACAGUCCUUCAUGCAAUGAAAUACCCCAGUUAGUGUUCUUGGACCCUUCUUCUUUGACAGAUGCAACUUGUAUCAAGGACAUCAAAGUGUAUACCUCGACUCUCAAUGUUCUCCCAUACCAUAAGAUACUAAAAUAACUCAGACAGUCAUAAUGUAUAAUACAAACUACUGAACACUGACGGGUGGCCCACUUUGCUACAAAGAAGCCAACCUACUUUGCGUUCUGGAAAAUGAGUAAUCAAAUACCUUCCAUGGUCUAUUCUGUCACAAGCAUGUUUUUGAAGAGGCAAGGGGUACAUAAACAGGAGUCAUGUUGGUAAAAAUAUGCAGUAUAGUAGUCAGGGAAAGAAUAAGCAGAUUGAAAACUUACACAGAAAUAAGUAUCCACUGAUGUAGUGGAUCCUUUUCCUUGAGGUAGAUCACAAGCAGGUUUGCAACUGAACUCUGAGGUUUUCAAUUUUGUGUGUUUUAUUUUAGGGAACAAAUUAUAUUUAGCUGCUAUCCAAUGUGUAUGAAUUAACCUACUUAAAAUUGAUACCCUGCUUGUGUACAACAGUUUAAUACAAAAACACUCCUAGCUUCAAUAAAGAGUGGAUACAAGCUAUGGAUCAUCUGUGUGAGGUAGUUCAGAAUGAAUUCUCUGAGACACCAUGUGCAAUAAACUAAGAUACUAGCUUAUUUUUAUGUGCAGGUUGUUAUACUGUAACAUAAGUUUCUCUGAAAUCCAUCCUGGAUCAGUUUUAAUUUUAAGGUAUUUUAACCCCUGAAGAAACUUCACUGUGCUGGUACUUUGAUGAAAUUAAAUUUUAGUCUUGAAAGACUAAA